GGACAAUCCCCACUUUCGACCCGCCCGCGCCAACAAACGAUGGGCAACGUCCUCCGCGGCGAGCUCAACACGCCCAAACCGAUGGUGGACCCGCGCUUACCAAAGUUCCCAGUGAUAGAAGACAAACCGAGCUGGAGCCAAAUCAAGGAAGCUGUUCGCCCGCGCGACUUUUGGACGUACGGCUUUGUCGUGGCCGCGUCUGCACUCGGAGGAUGGUUCAUUCCACCAAAGACGCUGGCGACGCCGAUUCGCCAGCGCCUGUGUGUGGGCACUGCUGCCGUAGGGUCACUCUUGGGUUUGUUGAUGCUCCACGACUUUGGUGAAGCACGGCUGAGGGGGUAUGCCAUCAAUGACGUGGAAGUGAUCAAGUUUGGGCUGCAAGUGCCGACACACAUCGACGACACUAAGUCCACCACCGAGUAAACAUGCUUCCGAAUUCACAAAAUGGCGCUAUUUGUGUAUGGCUAUGGCGUUUGCCAACUUGGGAGUACAAUCUCUAGUCGACACCUGGCAGCACGCGCCGUCGAGUGGCUGCAGUUUGUCCCCGCUCAGAUGCUUCUUGCGCUUUGUCUCGUUGCGCAGUCUAACCAUCUCUGGUAAAAUCUUACCGAGCCGUCCAUGUCAGCGCUGUCAAGUCAUGUAGUCCCUCCCCGAACGACCUCACCCUUCAUCGUUUCAUGGCGUGUGUGUGCACUCGAUCCAAGCUACAACAUUUCGAUAGGGCAACUAACGUCCCAGCGUAGAGAGCCGCAAAAGAUCGUACAACCCAAAUUCAUGUUUUGGUUGAGGCGAGUCCUCAAUUUAAAAUUGAC